AUGAUUCAUCAACAACAAUUAUGUCCUGAUCAAUGUCAUCAAAUUUCAUCUAAUUCAACAAUAACAAAUUUUACUAUUGAUUAUAUUUUAUUUCAAAAGCAAACACUUCCAGACGAACAACAAACAACAACAUUAAAUAAUACUUUUUUCCAUAUAGUACAAGACAAAACUCAAACAUUCAUGAAUUAUUAUCUAGAACAAGGAAAUAUAACUAAAACGGAUUGUGCACAACAAACAGUUAAAAUAUGUCAAAAUGAUGCACAAACACAAACUAAUGUUAUACUAACAACAGGAACAACAACAAAUGAAUGA